AUGAGUGCUGUUGUAAUACAGAAGGUCCGACCUGCCAAAAAGCAAAAACACCAGCCAGGACAUCUGCGCAGAGACGUCUACACAGAUGACUUGCCACCCCCUCCUGUGCCACCUCCAGCUAUAAAAUCACCAACCGCCCAGUCCAAAUCACAGCUGGAGGUGCGGCCAGUCAUGUUGCCAAAACUUGCUUCAAUAGAAGCGAGGACAGACAGAUCUGCGGAAAGGAAAGGAGCGAGCUACAAGGGGAGGGACGGGGUGGAUGGGAGACAGCAUUCAGACGUGCGGACAAAUUCAGGAGAGCGGAGAGAAUCACAGGAGCAGCAAAGUGAUGGGAAACUACGAGGAAAUAAAGCACCAAAACGAGAAGGCGCACCAGCAAAAACUCAUCUUCUUCAAGAGGACAUCCUGCCAUAUUCUAGACCAACGUUUCCAACAUCAAAUAAUCCUAGAGAUCCCAGUUCCUCCAGCUCUAUGUCAUCAAGAGGAUCAGGAGGCAGACAGAGGGCGGAUCAAGCAAAUAUAGCCCGAAGGAAUGUUGCAGAAAUGCAAGUACUGGGAGCGUAUGAACAAGGAGAAGAGGAAGAAGAGGAGAUGGAGGAAACAGAAAGCUGAAGACAACGACAUCUAUCAGGACUAGCCCCAAUGA